AUGGGCAACACGCAGAGUCAAGAAGGUGACUCUGCCGAGCUUGCGACACAAGCUGGGACCGAGGACUGUGAGUACGCUCUCUCAGUUGCGGAGGAUCGCAUGGUAGUUGAGCUGACCGCGCCUUCAGUAGAAUUUGAUCUCUCCCAGAUACCGGACGACCGCGAUGUCUCUGAACAAAACACACCUGCCCGCGUCCAAACCGAUCAACAACUCUCUGAUGCUUCCACGAAUGCGCUACGCCGCACCGAUUCACCCAGGCCGCAGAAACCGGCGCGACGAAAAAGGCAGACCGUAGACAAGCAAGCUGGUAGGAGUAAAAGCGAGCGGAAAAGGAGGAGGUCGUCCAAUAACACAAACAAUGAAGCCGCAAGCGAUAUACUGGUUCGCGAGUCGCAACCUGCUCCAGAGUCCUUAGAUCCAACUGAAGAAGAUCGGCCAUUAAAGGAGACAGAGCCUGAGACAUACCACAUCUACGCCACUUCCGACGAGAGCGAUGUGGAGGAUGGGGAUCAUCGAAUGACAGGACGUGUGCCCAAUGGCUUCAAAGCGGUCAACGGCCCCAGUCAUUACGGCAUCCCCGAACUCCAAGAUGAAAGUGCUGAUGAGGGCGGCAGCGACGAAGAGGAUGCGGCUCAGGCGUCAGGGCACGCAAUAGACCCCGACUCGGCGGUUGAGGCUCUUAAUCUGCUGGCAUCAGUGGCAGGAACUCAGCCUUCAGCAGCAGGACCUGCGACCCAAGCCGCCAUCAAGCUUUCGAGACCGAGACAGACUAGCGAAGGCCGAUAUACCUGUCCCUGGUUUGACACUCAUGGUUGCACUCAGACUUUCGCGCAAAUGCAGGGAGCCAUCAGACAUGCGAAGCUCCCACACGCAACGACAACCGUGGAAGCAGUUGUCCAGGCGCCCACGACUACUCAGACAACUACUGUUGCUCAGACCCAGACUGACCAGAGUGUGGAUGCUCCGCAAAAGGCCGAGAUUCCUCCGCCAAAGGUCACUAGCGAAGGCCGGUAUAUGUGUCCCUGGGUAGACGUCUAUGGAUGUGACAUGACUUUCGCCCAGCGGAAGGGAGCCAUGAGGCAUGCAAAUCUCCACACGAAACAGUUUACCUGCUUCGUCUGCAACAAGGCGGUGGCCCGCCAGGAUACGUUGCUCAAACACAUGAAGCAGCAUAAUGGCAUGGAGAUCGCAGCGGCGACGAAUGCCGAUGGUGAAACGAUUCAGAAAGGGAACAAACCUGGACAGCAGUCAAAUAAGCUACUUGAAGAAGUCGGCGCUGAGGCUGAGGAACCGCAGCAGGACGUAUCAGACGACGUCUCAGGGGAAUUCGCAACGCCCGAAGUCGCAUCACGCUCUGGCGAAGAUGCUCAGUGGAGCAGCGUCGAGAGCGUGCCGCGAGAUGUCCAGCAUGUGGGCGAUACUGUGAUGCAAGGCAUCGAGAUCAAUGGAGAUGCUGCACGUGAAGUGUCCAACUCACCGUCCACUGAGCCAUCAAGUAUUUUCGAUGAAGAAGACACUAUCGCGAAGCAGACGCCGAUCGCUGCGGGCAAGUUGAAGCGCAAGCGAUCCGUGGAAGACUCUGAAGGAGUCACCCGACAGAGUCUUGAGAGAAACAGGAAACGCAAGAAGGCAUCGUGGGGCACGCCACCCACCUCUAUUCCAUCCGUUGAACCAGUCAGACCGGAAACGCCCAAAAGUUCAGCUGUUGAAGCAGCAGCCCGAAGUCGGCAAAUCACCGAUAAGAUCGUCCCACGCCUACAGACUAGACAAGGCAGCAUGGACGAUUGGGCGCAGAGGUUUACACCCGGUUCUAACCUUAAACAUCCAACUCUUAACCCUACACCUCCUCGUCCGAAUACGCAGCAGAUCGAGGUCGUUAUUCCGCAAACAAGCCAAGCUGGGCCUUCUAGGUUGAAGCAGCGGAGGAUACGCGCACCGCCUUCGGACGAAGCAACGGCUGUAGGCAAUGAGGACGCUGAAACUGAUACCUCCACCAAAUUCAGACGCAAGAAGCUUCGGAAAGCCACGUAUGCGACACCGAAGGGAAAGAAGCGUGCAGAGCCCGACGUGGAAUACUCGACACCGGCAAAACAGGCCACGAUCAAGGAAGGCGAGGAAUCUGAGGCUGACAAAUCGGACAAUGACGGGAUGUCGCCUGUCGAUAUAGCUACGUCUGUCGCUAAAAGGACGUUUCCGGGAAGACAACAAGCUCCGACCGCAGAUAACGAUCAGGACUCGGAUUUCGAUGUGACUCGCGCUCCCGAAUCAGAUAACGAGACGACACAGGCGGAAAGACCAGCCGCACCCGCGAAGAAACCGAGAAAGAGCACUGGAACCAAGAAAAUCGAGCGACCGAGCUCUGCGGAUGCUGUUGAAUGCGUUCGGUGCCAUCGUGUUUUCGCGAGCCAGGACCAGCUCCGCAAACACCAGAAGAAACGAUCAGCGCACGUCGGACUGGUCAAGUGCCACGACUGCUCCGAAGAGUUCUAUGCAACUGCGGGACUCAUCCGGCAUGAGAAAGACACUGGUCAUGGGAGAGGUAAUGGCCUGCAAGGACGAGUUGGUGCUUUCAGCCAAGACGAGGUCAAUAAACUCAAUAAGUGGAGGGAUACAUUCUGCGACUACCACAAUAUCAGCCGGACAGAGUUCAACGAUAUGAUGACAGGCACGCUUGAGCGAGGCAAAGGUGCCACUUGGAAUUGGGCUUUUGUCAAGAGAGCGGAGUUUCUCAAGGAAUACCUCAAUGUGCUGCCCAACAGGAACAAGCGGUCCAUGCUACGCUACCGCGAGCGGAAUUUCCAGAAUGUCGAGGGCAUGAAAAACUGGUCGGCGGAAGAUGAUAAGGAACUCAUUCGGUUGCAGAAAGAGCUGGGCACGAAGUGGGCGGAGAUUGCUCGACGGCUCGGCAGAAAUGCAGAUGCGGUGAGCCAACGCUGGCGCCAUAAACUGCAGUACGGUGAAGUCGAGACGGGCGAGUGGUCCCAAGCCGAGAGAGCCAAAUUCCGCGAGAUCCUAGAAGAGUUCUGUACUGACAAAGAUGGGAACGCACUCGAACAUAUGCAGAUCCCAUGGAACAGAGUCAGCGAGAAGAUGGGAUCGCGGUCUGCCCAACAAUGCUCGAACCAUUACCGCACUUUACAUUCGAAGAAGGAACGCGGUAGAUGGGUCAGGGUUGACGCGUUGGAGAAGGCACCUGGUUCAAGUCGGCUCUUGAAGACCAGUAAGAUGGCGCUACGGUUGAGUGGGCAGACGAGGGGCAAAAGGACUCCUAAAAAGGGCCUCUCUGAAGAAUUUAUCCGAGAAGAUGACGAGGGAGAUGAUGAAUCUGAUCCUGCUGAGGAGGAUCCCGAGGACGAGCGCACACAGAAAGACAGCCCAAAUGCCCAACGACCUGGAUCAGAUGUUGAAGACGAGGAGGAGGACGAUCCACGCUCAGGCACCGAAGAUACCACCAGCCCUGCACCUGUGACUCGCAAGCGCAAGCCGCUUCCCAUUAAAACGCCCAGCAAACCCAUGCGAUCCAGCCAGCUCUUCGAACAAACACAAACAAACACCUCCGCACUGAAGCCGUCUCAGACAAGUAGGAGGAGGAGAAGUGGUCAACCAAGUCAGGAUCGACAAUCUCCGAACAUUCCCAUCCAACGCCGACAUAUCAGCUCGAAGACGCCUCUGAAAGAGCCCCGCACUUCAGACAAUGGACAGCUGGAUGGCGACGUUGAAGACGACUCUGGGAACGGCGAUGAGGAUGCGCGAGGGAAGAGGGAGAGCUCCCAAGAGCUCGGCACCAUCAGUGAUACCGAUGCUGACGAAGACGGAAACGAAAACGAAAACGAAGCCAAAGGAGAUGAGGAGGUCUACGACGAGAGUCCUCCCGAUGACUCUGCUGAUGAACCUGAUAAUGAAAUGGCCAGGGCUGAGCAUGAAGAAGAAACUCCAGACGAAGACGACGAGGCAAGGGACGACGAGCAAGCUGUCCCAUAUGAGAGCGGCGGAGAGGAAGUUGCUAAGAGCGACGGCAUUGCAGGAGAUCUGGUAGACAACGGAGCCGAGGAAGAAGACACUGACGAUUCCGUCGACACAGACGAAGCUACGCAAGACAGCAACGAAAGCGACACAGAAAGCGCGAGCGAGGACGAAAGUGUUCCAGAAUCGGGAGAAGAGGACGAUGCGCAAGAAGACGUCCCGGCAGCGGAAGCAGAACCGCCCACAUCAAGUUUCAUGGCCAGCAUCAACGAGUCUGCCAAACGGGCAAAUAUCAAAAAGGUGCGCAGCGGCAGCCAGAACCACGGCCAGACCAUGCUGGGAUUUCCUACCUGGGGAAGGCAUAGUAGGCGAGACAUAUGGCAAAGGGAGAGUGAUGAGGACAGUGACUGA